AUGACUACAGGGGGAACAGUCGUGAAACUUUCCCAGUGGGGUGUCGGAGAGGUUAAAAAAGAGGAGAGGGAAUACCUGAUAUCUGAGUUUGAAGGGACUGAGAACGAGAGCACCUACAAGAAGGUGAAGGGCGCAGUGGUUCAGGAUGUGACUGAGGAGGAGCUGACUGGUUCUCUUCUGUUAGUCACUGAUAGCAGGGGCAAACAGUGUGUGAAACCUCCAAACCCAGCAAGGAGAGCGGGUGAAUCCUCCCAAAUCAUCGCUUGUUUUCAGAGUCCAUUCUAUACCACAGACAUUGGUCUGCACCGAUAUAUCAAAAAAUCUCACCCUAAGGAGUAUGUCAUUGAACUGAGGCCUGGAUCAGUAAACACGGCUGAGCAUUCAGCAGUGUCUGCUGGCCCCAGUGCUCCUCAGCUCAGUACAGACAUGCUCAGUACCCUGGAAGAAGCAAACACAGACACACUGACGGUUCGACGGGGUUCCCAGAGUAUGAAGAUAUAUAAACCGAGUAUAAACCGAGGCUGUAAAAUAAACAAGCAGACUUACAUGGAGAAGUCAUCCCAUCAGUGUUCUGAGUGUGGGAAGAGCUUUAGUGAGUUAGGAAACCUCAAGAGACACCAACGAAUUCACACAGGGGAGAGGCCCUACCAGUGCUCCCAGUGUGGGAAGAGCUUUAGUGAUUCAGGAAACCUCAAGGGACACCAACAAAUUCACACAGGGGAGAGGCCCUACCAGUGCUCCCAGUGUUGGAAGGGCUUCAGCAGUUUAGGAGACCUAAAGAGACACGAGCAGAUUCACACAGGGAAUAGUUACUGAUAAAUUACACUGGUGUAUUCAGUGACAUUUGAGAACAUGUAAAUGAACUUGUGUGACUCAGUUCAUAGUUAAAGCUUUUUAAUUGGGACAUUGACUGGAAUAGUAUGUUAUAGGGUCAAUGGAUUAGGUUUAAGAAAUAUACUGUACUUGGCUGUAGAGUAGAGCAAUAAACCAAUUUUAUCAAAUAAUUUGAAUUUUUGGUUUAGAGCGAUGUGUAAAGUGACAAUUAAGUAGUUUAAAGUCUAUCGCAAUUAACAUGGAGCCUGUGAAGUGCCCAAAAUACAGUGGAAACCGCUUAAAGUGAUCACGUCUCUCUGGGUGAAAUUGAUCACUUUAAGCA